AAUUGCAUCAAAAGCAUGGACCCCACAUGGACACAGACUAGUAAGCUUCCUCAGCACCAGAGAGAUGUGAUACCCUUAUAUAUACUUACAGACUUGAGUUUGUGUUCUCUUCCCCAUUCUCUAUCUUUGCUCAUCCUCAACUUCCUGCCAGCUGCAUCUACUCUAAUCUUCAAUCUGAUUUCUAGCUUUGAAUUAGUGCUAGAAAAGAUAAUAAUGGAUCUUCAAAAGAGGUUGUGUGCAGCAGAAACAUGGAAAAAGUUGCCUUCGUCGACCCAACUUGAACUCCAAAAAAAGGUCCCUCCUGACCAACAAUCUUUUAUCAAUUUCAGUUCUCAACAAAAUCUGCAGAAGUGGGAUGACCCUUCACUUAUUGAUUUCUCGACAAGGAUCGAAGAACAAUUUCCUGGAUUCAGUGAACUUUCUCAAAACCCCUGUACAUAUACUUGCAACAAUGAUAAUCAGAUGAAAAUUCUUGGUCAACUGGAUGGUCAGAUGAAUGGCAUUUGUAAUGCAAUCCGAAAUUGUGAAUGGGAUCCAAAGGUGAUGCUGACUAAUCUCUCAAUCAUGGAGGAGAAGAUUCAUCAGCUUCAAGAUUUGGUACAUCUGAUUGUUGGUCGGAGAACUGAAGCAGUAAAAGGAUCUGAAGAACUUGCAGCUCAGCAACAGCAGUUAAUCAAUGCUGAUCUCACCUCGAUUAUAGUUCAGCUGAUCUCAACUGCCGGUAGUCUUCUGCCAUCAGCCAAGAACACAUUCUCCUCUGGCAAUCCUUUGGGAAGCCAACUUGGUCAGCCUGGUGGAAUUGGAUAUCCUUCCGGAUCUUCCAUAACCGGAAAUAAUAAUGUCAACAAGGUAGAAGAUCAUUCCAACCAGAUUGAUCUGAUUGGGAACAACGUUGAAGAACAUGAUCAGAAGGAUGAAGAAGAAGUUGAUGAAGGUGAACACCUACCUCCGGGUUCGUAUGAAAUCUUGCAACUAGAAAAAGAAGAAAUCCUUGCACCUCACACGCAUUUUUGUUUAAUAUGUGGAAAGGGUUUUAAGAGGGAUGCCAAUUUGCGAAUGCACAUGAGAGGUCAUGGGGAUGAAUACAAAACCCCAGCUGCACUUGCAAAGCCACACAAGGAGAUGUGCUCUGAGGCACCUCUGAUUAAGAGGUAUUCCUGCCCCUACAUUGGUUGCAAGCGGAACAAGGAUCACAAAAAGUUUCAGCCUUUGAAAACGAUCUUGUGCGUGAAAAACCAUUACAAGAGAACCCAUUGUGACAAAAGCUACACUUGCAGCAGAUGCAAUACGAAAAAGUUCUCCGUAAUUGCGGAUCUUAAAACACAUGAAAAGCAUUGUGGCAGGGAUAAAUGGCUCUGCUCUUGUGGUACAACUUUCUCAAGGAAAGACAAGCUUUUCGGGCACAUCACACUCUUCCAAGGCCACACUCCUGCCAUUCCUCUGGAUGAAAAUAAAGGAAUGGUUGACUUGUCUGAUCACGGGGAGGGCAAUGAAGCGCCAAGUAAGGUUGCUCAAACUGACUUUGACUUCAGCUCCAAUGACUUCCAAAACAUUUUGGAUGGGAAAGGAAUUGCUAAUGACGACACAAGGAUUUUCUCGCCGUUGGACUUUGACACAGGCAGCCUCGGUGGAUUUAGUGAUUUCCCUCGACCUCCCUUCGAAGAUUCAGCGAGUUCCUUAUCUUUCCUGAUUUCGGAUGCUUGUAAUUACCCUAGGGAAACUGGGAGGAGCUCAAUUUCUAAUAAUUUGGGAUGAACAUAUCAUUGAUUCAUUGUAGAAGCUUUGAACUUGGCAUCUGGUAGGGGUUUAUGGUUUCUUGUUGAAAUUGCUUUCUUUUGUAAAAUGACUCUUCAGUCUUAAAUAAAUAUUAUCACAUUUAUGCAC